AUGGUUCUGGAGGUAGCAGAGGCUAAAUUGGCUCGAACUUCGGGUAAACGCGUAUUUAAUCGGAACGUCAAGAAAUUAGUCGACUCUAUUAACUCUAAAGAUACGGCUGCAUUAAUCGAGAGUAGAUUUAAAGAUUUGAAGCAGCUCUGGGAUGACGUCCAACGGAAGCACGAAGGGUAUAUAGGAUCGCUGGAAAAUUCGAAGACGACUUAUGAUGUUGAGCAACAGGAUGGAUGGAUUGAUGAAAUGGAUAAAGUUUAUGAUGACGUGUUACGGCAAAAGUUGGCAUACUUUGAGGCCGUAGAAGAGGAUCAAAGGGAAAUCGAACGGCAACAAGAACAAAUUUCUAAAGAGAAGGAAGAUCAAAUUCGUAAGAAAGAGGGCGAUAAAGCUAUUUUCGAGCUGAACAAGCCCGCAAAGUUGAAGAAAUCGCAUUUAGACAAGAGGUGGAAAAUCGAGAAGAGGCAUUAG